ACCCACUAAAGAAAAGAAGAAAGAGCUCGAGUGUGAUGUGUUUGUGUAUCCUCAGUGUUUUUCUCUCUUGAGUGUUUUAAACAGAGUCUUGUCUCUGUGUAUUUUAGUGUUGAUGAUGGAUGUGAUGUGCUGUAAAUCAGGAAGUGAUCAGGGUUUACAGGAUGAUGAAUCUACUGAUCAAACCUCCACAGAGUCUCUGGAUUCUGUCUGUAACGCUGGAGAACAGCAGCAGAUCCUGCAGAACAAACUCAACAUGUGUUCAGUCAAACUCAUCGACUGCAAGAACCUCAUGAUGAAGAUCAAAACUGAAACCACAGAAGAGGAGAAUCACACUGAAGAAAAUGAAGAUAACACUGAGGAUGAUGCAGAUAAAGAUGGGGAUUGUGAUGAUGAUUUUAUUCCUUCAGAUAUGAAGAGUGAAUCAAGUUCUGAAGACGAAUCCUCCUCUACAUCAAAACAGCGACUGACAGCACAAAUGCUUUCCUGCAGGAGAUGUAAGAUCAGCUUUACUACCUUACAAGAGAAGAAACUUCAUUCAGAAGAACACCGAGAGAGGAAGAAGUUUCACUGUGAGCAGUGUGGGAAAGUUUGUCUCUCUUCUUCUAGUCUGAAAGUUCACAUGAGGACACACAGUGGUGAAAAGCCUUUCCAAUGCACUGAAUGUGACAAAUAUUUCAGCCGAAAACAAACUCUUGAUGUUCAUAAGAGAAUUCACAAAGGAGAAAAACCAUACGAGUGUCCUCACUGUAAAAAGAGAUUCAGUCACAAACCUUAUAUAAAGAAACAUAUGCUCUUACACACCAAUGAGAAAACGCAUCAGUGCAGUGAAUGUGACAAAUAUUUCAGCAGCAAAGGAAGUCUUGUUGCUCAUCAGAGAAUUCACACAAGAGAAGAAACAUACGAGUGUCCUCACUGUGAGAAGAGAUUCAGACAAAAAGCCCUUCUGAAGAAACACGUGCUUAUACACACCAAUGAGAGACCGUAUCAGUGCAGUCAAUGUGACAAAACCUUUAGGUUUUCGGCUACUUUAAGGGCACACCAAAGAACUCACUCUGAGAAACAAUAUCAAUGUUCACACUGUGACAAACGUUUCUAUCAUAAAUCUUAUCUGAUAAUCCAUGAGAGAAUUCACACGGGAGAGAAACCUUACCUCUGCUCUUACUGUGGUAAAAGCUUUGCUGAUCCAAGUACUUUUAAAGAGCAUCAGAGAGUUCACACUGGAGAAAAACCUCAUCAGUGUAAUGUUUGUGGAAAACGCUUCACACGUCACGGUGCAUUUAAUGUUCAUCAGAAAAUUCACACCGGGGAAAAACCUCAUCGCUGCAUUUUGUGUGGGAAGAAUUUCAGUCGACGUGGCAAUUUAGUGACUCACCUAAGAAUUCAUACAGGUGAAAAACCUUACAGAUGCUCUCAGUGUGGAGAGGGGUUUAAUCAAGCCGUUCUCAUGAGAAUCCAUCAAAGAGUUCACACUGGAGAGAAACCUUACCACUGCUCCAUCUGUGGAGAGAGAUUUACUAAAGUAGGACCUUUCAAGACUCAUAAGAAGAUGCAUACUGAAGAACAAACAGACAAAUAACUUGUAUUGUUACAAACACGAUUCAGAUUUGUAGUAGACUUUAUAUUUUCUUUUCUGUAUUGUAAUUAUAAGUUGAUUGAGCCUCGAGUCUCACUCAAAGUUAUGAUCACUAAAAGAUGUUUAAUAAACACUCCGUAAUGUUUGGGGUUCACAUUGGACUCACUUUGCCUGGAUGAUUCAUUACAGUUUAAUGAUGAACUUGCUGUAGUUUUUUCCCUUCAUUUCUGUCACAUUUAUAAUCUAACAUGUUUUUUCUGCAUGUUUAUGCAUACAAAUGUUUAUACAUAUUUUCUGUUUUAAUCUACUUUAACAUUAUCUUACAAAUUUUUAUUUUGCUCUUAAACUGUAAUAAAUAUCUAAAUGAAUGAAGUGUUGAGUGUCUUCUCUCUCCAGUACAGCAGGAGGCGCUCUGCAGCUCUUCAGUCCGCCAAUAAACCCACUAAAGAAAGAAAGAAAGCUCAGACAACAACCGCUGUGUUUACAUCAGUUUUAUUUUAAUGGACUUGCUGAUUUUAAUUAGUGUACAUUUAAAGUUUUCAUGUAAAUUUUUUUUUACUGUUUGUGCUGAAAGGUUUAGAUAUUCACAAAGGAGAAACAAGUAGAAAUCUGAGGGCUUUUUUUGUUUAUCUGUUAAACCGAUGGACUGUGGAAAUCAAACGGAGAUUAAAACAGAACCUACUGAUAUAAAAACAGAACUCACAGAAGAGAAACAUCACGAUGAUGAGUUUUUUCCUCCCGAUGAGAAGAGUGUCAGCUUUACUACCUUACAAGAGAAGAAACUUCAUUCAGAGGAGCACAGAGAGAAGAAGAAGAAGCAGUUUCACUGUCAACAGUGUGGGAGGAUUUGUGUUUCUUCUUCUAGUUUAAUAGCUCAUAUGAAGACACAUACUGAUGAAAAGCCUUUCCACUGCAGUGACUGUGACAAAUGUUUUAGAACCAAAGGAAAUCUUGAUGUUCAUCAAAAAAUUCACACAGGAGAUAAACCACACCAGUGUCCUCUAUGUGAGAUGAGAUUCAUCAGUGGACACCAUUUGAACAAACAUGUGCGUUUACACACCAAUGAGAGACCUCAUCAGUGCAGUGAAUGUGGAAAAAACUUUAGGCUUUUAGAUUCUUUAAGGAAGCAUGAAAUAACACACUCUGAGAGACUCUAUCAGUGUUCACACUGUGAUAAACGUUUUUUUCAUAAAAUGAAUCUGAUAUGCCAUGAGAGAACUCAUACUGGAGAGAGACCUUAUCUCUGUUCUCACUGUGGAAAGAGCUUCUCUGCUUCGGGUACUUUGACUGUUCAUCUGAGAGUUCAUACUGGAGAAAAACCUCAUCACUGUAGUGUUUGUGGGAAGAGUUUUAGUAAACAUUACAAUUUAGUGACACACCUAAGAAUUCAUACAGGUGAAAAACCUUACAGAUGCUCUCUGUGUGGAGAGGCGUUUAAUCAAGCAGUUCUCCUGAGAAUCCAUCAGAGAGUUCAUACAGGCGAGAAACCUUACCGCUGCUCCAUCUGUGGAGAGAAAUUCGCUAAAGUAGGACCUCUUAAGACUCAUCAAAAGAAACAUGCUGAACAACAAACUGAUCUGUGAAAAAUACUUGUACAUAAAAAAUGUUACAAACUCAA